UCGGAUAUGUACAGUUUGGGCGUCAUCCUAUUCGAACUCUUCCAGCCGUUUGGAACAGAAAUGGAGAGGACAAAAGUUCUGAUGGGCUUAAGACAGGGCAACCUCCCGCUCACUUUUUGUGGGAAGUGGCCAAUACAGGCCAGAUACGUGAAGCUGCUGACCAGCGACGCCUCAUCGCGCAGACCGACGGCUCUCCAGCUGCUGGAAAGCGAACUCUUCCAUAAUUCAGCAAAUGUCAUUUGUGCUCUUCAGCAGAAAGUGAUGAAGCAAGAAGAAGAAAUCAAACUGCUGAAAGAAAAAAUUAAGCUACUGUUACAAGAGAGGGAUGAAAGAGACAGAAUUAAGCCACUCGGCUCUCCUGUUUAAGUGAACCAAAAGUAUUUGUCAUUGUGUUACUUUCAACAUGUCUUUAUUUUUUUAUAUAAAAUAUUCCAGGCCUACAA